AUGGAUAUCCAAAUUCUCUCAGACCUCCACCUCGAGACGCCCAAAGCCUACGAUUUCUACGAGAUCAUACCAACAGCGCCCCACCUCGCGCUUCUCGGAGACAUCGGCUGCGUCUGUGACCCAGGAUACCUGACCUUCCUAACCGCCCAGCUCAAGCAAUUUAAGAUUGUAUUCCACGUCUUGGGAAAUCAUGAGCCAUACGGCUCCAGCUGGAACUCAGUUAUUGCGAAGCUCCGUAUGUUCGAAAAGGACAAUCGGCAGCAGCGGGCAGCAGAUCCGAGUCUUGGGGAGUACAUCCUUCUCAACCAAAACGAGUACCACCUGCCCGAGUAUAACAUUACAAUCCUUGGUUGCACGUUGUUCUCCCAUAUUCCCAAGACUUCAUUAGCAGAUGUUAGCUUCGGCCUGAACGAUUUCUUCCGCAUUGACUCCUGGACCGUUGAGAGACACAUCUCGGCACAUGCGCGCGACCUUGCCUGGCUGAAUGCGCGCAUUAGCGCCCUCUCCCAAGAACAACCGAACCAUAAACUCAUCAUUUUCACACACCACAGCCCUACAAUCGACUCCAGAACUAUCAACCCUCGUACAGCCGGGAACAAAAUCUCAUCGGGCUUUGCAACGGAUUUGCGGGGCGAGACAUGCUGGGUCGGAGAAAAUGUGGCAUUUUGGGCGUUUGGGCAUACGCAUUUCAACUUUCCGCCCUGGAGGGAUGAGCAGGGUGGGACGUUUGUUUAUAGCAACCAGAGGGGAUAUUAUUUCUCGCAGGCAGCUGGCUUCGCGGAGAGAGGCGUGGUCAAGAUUGGGAGAGAUGGAGGAGUGGUGGUUGACGCAGGGACAGAUGAGCCCGCGCCUUCGCCGGACCCUGACUCCUGA